AUGUCAUUUCUAACUGGUUUCUUUGCGCUUCUAACAAAAUUCAUUUUAAUUCUGGCCAUUGCCAUUCCAAUACGUUAUGGAUCAACAGAUUAUCGACAUCUUAGUAUUCGUUUAUUUCAUUCUCUAUUAUCAUUGAAAUAUUCUUUUAUACCGGAUCAAACUCGACCAACACUCAGUGCAGAUUAUCGUGCCUUUGAAGCUCUGAUUCGUAUGCGACCAAUACUAAACCAUGAUUCAUCAUUAGAUUCAUUUGAUACAAUAAAGAAAAUACGUUCAUCAUUUAGUGAAAGUGCAGUUACUCCAAAACCAUCUCAAUGUGAAAUUAACAAUGAAAUAAUUGAUUAUAAUGGACAUUCCGUAAAUGCUUAUUGGAUUAAUUAUCCUUCGAAAAAUUUUGAAAAAAAAUCUGAUAAAUUAAUACUUUACUUUCAUGGUGGUGCAUACUUUGCUGGUAAUAUUCAAGUUUACGAUGGAUUUGAAUGUCAUUUAUCUAAACUUUUCAAUGCAACUAUACUUCAUGUAGAAUAUCGUCUUUGUCCUGAACAUCCAUUACCUGCAGCAGUUGAUGAUUCCGUAGCAAUCUAUCGUGCUCUUCUUCAUCGGAAUGUUUUACCAUCUCAAAUAAUGAUUAUGGGUGAUUCAGCUGGUGGUGGUCUUUCUUUGUUAACCAUUCAAGCAUUAAUUACUAAUGAAUUACCCAUUCCUCGUGGUGUUAUUGUUCUAUCUCCAUGGACUGAUCUUUCAGGAACUGCAGAAAGUUAUACACGUAAUCAACAUACUGAUGUAAUGAUUCGUUUCGACAAUCAUAAAUGGUUGAUAGAACAAUUAUUAGGUUCUAAUCAAUCGGAAUUAUCUUUUGAUAAUGCUAUUUUUAGUCCUCUGUUCGGUUCAUUCGAAAAAUUUCCACCAAUGUACAUUAAUGUAGGUACAGCAGAAAUAUUAGAAGAUGAUUCAAAACGAUUAUUGAAAAAAGCAGAAGAAGCAAACAUCGAUGUUACUUAUGAAGAAGGUUUACAUUUGAUGCACGUUUAUCCACUGUUUUUUCUUUACUAUCCUGAAGCACGAGACACACUCGAUAAUAUCAAUAAAUGGGUUCAAACAAUAUAUAAUCAAAAACUGAUUGAAUAA